AUGGCGAAGGUCAUGGAACUGAAUAAAGAGUUAAAGGAAUUAAGGUCCUGUUGUUCAUUCCAUAAACAUCCUUCCCCAGAAGAAAUUUUCAGUUCAGAAGUGGAUGCUUCAUAUGAAUAUUGUGCAGCUGGCCCAUCCAAAUCUUUUAUCCAAUCACUGAUGACUUCACCAACUUCGAUGCAUUCUCUUGAUGAUGAUACUACUCCUGAGAUAGGAGAUCAGCUAUGCAUAGGCAUGCCAGCAAUGGUACUUGCCCAUGAGGAUUUUACAGGAUUGCCAGAUUUUGGUCUUGAAACGGACUCAUCUAACUCAAACCAGUCAGAAACUGCUAAGAGAGAUUCAUCUUCCCCAAUUAGCUUCUCAGUAGUUGAUGACAGAACCAUUUGUUCUUCACCAAAGGAGAUGCCUACGCAACAACAGGAAGAUAAAAAGAUGCGAACUUCAGAUACUGCAGAAUUAAGCAUCUCUCCAGGAGACAUUAAAAAAUUGAGCUAUGAG